AUGUCGCAAAGAGAGUACCACAUAGUUGUUCUUGGAUCGGCGCAAUUUGUGCAAAAUGUCUGGAUAGAAAGCUAUGAUCCAACAAUUGAAGAUUCAUACCGGAAGCAAAUCGAGGUUGAUGGCCGCCAUGUCAUUCUGGAGAUUCUCGACACAGCAGGAACAGAACAGUUCACUGCCAUGAGAGAGCUUUACAUGAAGACUGGACAAGGGUUCCUCCUGGUAUUUGCCAUCACAUCGGCAUCAUCAUUCCACGAACUUGCCGAGCUUCGAGAGCAAAUUCGACGCAUCAAAGAAGACGACAACGUUCCCAUGGUACUUGUUGGCAAUAAAUCUGACCUUGAGGAAGACCGAGCAAUUCCGCGUCCAAGAGCAUUUGCAACAUCGCGAGAGUGGAACACGCCAUCAUUCGGAAAGACGCAAAUGAACGGCGACAUGUUCCCCAAGACCCAAGGGCCGGUGGAAAUCCAAGACGAGGCGGUAGAAGAGGAGACAGGGACCGGCGCCAACGACACAGGCCGAAAUGUACCAUUCUUUGAGACACGAUACCCCCAUGACGAGCAACUGGAGGCGUUUGUGCCUGCUGGACCAGGCUGUUCCAUUUCCUUGACCUAA